AAUCUUUUGGAGCUUCAUCCAAUUCUGUCUGACACCAACCACCCACCCCCCAAGGCCAACGAACCAUCACGACCGCGACAUAUUUGCCGACACUCCGAUCGACGUUACCGUACACGAUUGAAUUGUUGAUACCACACGAAUUGACCACCGGAAACCGACGCUUCCGCCGCGAAGAUGGUCCAAAUCAGCGAGGUUAAGGGAAACAGUCGCGAGAACCGCACGGCUGCCCACACCCACAUCAAGGGAUUGGGAUUGAAGCAGGAUGGCACAGCAGAGAAGCAAGCCGCUGGCUUCGUCGGCCAGUCGACGGCAAGAGAGGCAGCUGGUGUUGUAGUUGACCUUAUCAAAGCGCACAAGAUGGCUGGCCGCGGCGUUCUGCUGGCUGGUGGACCCGGUACAGGAAAGACGGCUCUCGCUCUCGCCGUCAGUCAAGAACUCGGAACCAAGAUCCCCUUCUGCCCGAUUGUCGGCAGCGAAAUUUACUCGACAGAGGUGAAGAAGACAGAGAUGUUGAUGGAGAACUUCCGCCGGGCCAUCGGCUUGAAGGUUCGGGAAACGAAGGAAGUGUACGAAGGCGAGGUUACGGAGCUUACGCCCGAAGAAGCCGAGAACCCUCUGGGCGGAUACGGCAAAACCAUCAGCACACUUCUGAUCGGCCUGAAGAGCGCAAAAGGACAGAAGAAACUGCGUCUGGAUCCCAGCAUAUACGAGGCCAUCCAGAAGGAGAGAGUUUCAGUGGGAGAUGUCGUCUACAUCGAGGCGAACACGGGCGCUUGCAAGCGCGUGGGAAGAUCAGAUGCCUAUGCGACCGAGUUCGACCUCGAGGCCGAAGAAUACGUCCCCAUUCCAAAGGGCGAGGUGCACAAGAAGAAGGAAAUUGUGCAGGAUGUGACGCUACACGACCUCGAUGUUGCCAACGCGCGGCCCCAGGGUGGUCAAGACAUCAUGAGCAUGAUGGGCCAGCUGAUGAAGCCAAAGAUGACUGAGAUCACGGACAAGCUGCGCGGAGAGAUCAACAAGGUGGUGAGCAAGUACAUUGAUCAGGGUGUUGCGGAGCUCGUGCCGGGUGUGCUCUUCAUCGACGAGGCACACAUGCUCGAUGUCGAGUGUUUCACGUACCUGAACCGGGCUCUGGAGUCCCCCAUUGCCCCGAUUGUCAUUCUGGCAUCAAACAGAGGAAUGGCCACGCUUCGCGGCACGGAUGAUAUUGUCGCGGCGCACGGCAUUCCGGCAGACUUCUUGACCCGCAUGCUCAUCAUUCCAACCACGCCGUACCAGGCCGAUGAGAUCAAGCGUAUUGUUCGCAUCAGGGCCACCACCGAGGGUGUGCCUAUUACCGACGCUGCCCUGGACAAGAUCGCGGAGCACGGCGUCCGUAUCAGCUUGCGGUACUGCCUGCAGCUGUUGACACCCGCCAGCAUUCUUUCCAAGGCAAACGGCCGCAGCCAAAUCGACGUCCAGGACGUGGCCGAGUGCGAAGACCUCUUUUUGGAUUCGCGGCGCAGCGCCAGUCUCUUGAGCAGCGAAAGCGGCAAAGGAUACAUUUCGUGAGACGAGUGCAAGAAGUGAUGGUUGGACGAUACGCGAGGAGAAGUCAUAGAGCCCAUGUCGGCUUCUUCCUCGAAUGAAGGGUGGCGGCGGCGUUGUAAAAAAGAACUUGUUACAAUUAUCGAGACCAACAGGUAAUCCAUGGAGUUGUUCUUUGACAUGAGAUAUUCAUCUGGGAAAGAGGACCAGUCAUCUGUCGACAAGCGGUCUGGGGGACUCGACUGUAUCUGUUUGAAUCGGAGUACGAGUGUGGUUAGACGACAUGGCGCACGCCUUGGGACUGCGAGCAAAGGCAUUGAAUCCUUUUCACGUUAUCCCACUCGGCCUGACUGGGCAUCCCGAGGUUUGGACUAUGAAGAAGAGAGCGCGCUGUUUGCAAAACAAAACGACUGUCAAGCUUUCCAGAUGAGGAAAAAAUAGAACCCCCCAUCCCGAAAGUUUUAAGACAUUACAGGCCGC